GAUUUCGGCUUCGAGAGCGCCUUCUCUCUCCUUAGCUCCAAACUGCCGUUGUGCGCCGCCUCUCAUCUCGUCACCGUUGAUCGGGUUUCCAUUACAUCUCCAAGUUUUCGCACUGAAUAGCACGGAAUUCGAAGAUCUGGUAUCGAAUUUUGUUGUUUUAGUGUUUCUUGCUUAAUUUCUUGUUUCAUUCGGGUGAGCUGUUGUUUACCCGACUGGUUCGAUUUUUUUUUUUUUUUUGAAAAUCCAAAAAAUUUUUUGUGGAAUUUGGUUCUGUUUGGGGGUUUAGGGUUUUGUACGUGAAAGUAUUUUGCGGGGUUGAGUUUUAACUUUUCAAAAUUUCGGCUUUCCAUAUGGCGGCUGGCAAGUAUGGUGGUUACCGUGAUAAUGAGUCCAGGGACCGGGAAUCUGAUGUUUCAAGGAGGGAGUUUGUUAAUUCGAAGAAGCAUGAUCGAGCUAGGAAUGGUAGUCGUGACUUGGAACUCAGUCGUACGAAGGAUGUUAGAGAUAGAAUGAGAAUUAGACAGAAGGACAUUAAGGAGAGGGAAGUGAUAAAUGGUGGGAAUCCUUCUUCUAGCAGAAGUGACUCUGGUAGCAGUGGGGGUGGAAACCCUGGGCCCAGGGAAGGUGAUUUUUCUCAUAGGUCUGUUGAUAGGGAGCCUGGUGAGUUGUCCAGUGAGAGUGGAUCGGAGGAUGUUGUUGAUUCUGAAUUACAGGCUAAAGCUACUGUAUCUGUGAAGGAGACAGAGAAUGGUGCUUGGUCUCCUAUGGAAAGGAAAAGGAAGUUUUCCCCUAUAGUGUGGGAUAGAGAUGAUAAGGAAGUAAGCAAUUUCACAAGAAGCAGGAAAUCAACUGCUGUUACCACCCUCCCCCUUCAACCACCAUUACCUAAGGCUUACCGUGAUUCACCUAACCCCAUUGCAGAUGGGGGUGUACGGUUAUCUCCUAUUGGAGACAGUAAUAGCCAGAAGUUGCUGUCUUUGACAAAAAGUGAGGCUCCUUCUGUUACUGCAGCAGAGUCUCCUGUAGGGUUUGUUCCAUCACCAUCAGCUGAUCAGCAAUGGGGUAAUGAUCAAGAGGGAGAGCAUCAAGAAGAUGAGGAUUAUGUCCCAACUCGGAACAUAUCUUCCUCAAGAUGGGCAUCUGAUGACAGUUCUCCAGGUGAUGAGGUUGAAAUUUUGGAUGAGGAGAUGCCUAAAAGGAGAAAGAAGAUGCCUGCUUCAGAAUCAUUGCAAGACAGAACUCAGAAUAAGUCAGCAACUCCUGAGGUUGGGGUGAUUCUGAGGGAAGGAUCUAAAGCACUUGGAGGUAGGUCAUCCUCUGUUGAAGAACAAGAUGCCCAUUCUAGGUCUGGUAGUAGGGAAGAUUACCCAGGUAAUGACUUGGGGAAGGAAGAUUAUAUGGAGAUUGACAAUGAAUAUGGUAGUGUUAGCCAGUCUGAUACUGAUACAGAUACUGUUACUGGUACUGAGGAUGAAAGUGAUUCACAAGGGACACUGGAACCUGCACCUCCACAAAGAAGUAUAAAUAUGCUUCAAGGGUGUAGAAGUGUUGAUGAAUUUGAGAGACUAAAUAAGAUAGAUGAAGGCACUUAUGGUGUUGUCUAUAGAGCUAGAGAUAAAAAGUCAGGGGAAAUAGUAGCAUUGAAGAAGGUAAAGAUGGAGAAGGAAAGAGAAGGUUUUCCUUUGACUUCUCUUAGGGAAAUUAACAUUCUUCUUUCUUUUCAUCAUCAGUCAAUUGUAGAUGUUAAAGAAGUCGUUGUAGGUAGUAGCCUUGAUAGCAUAUUUAUGGUUAUGGAAUACAUGGAACAUGAUCUUAAAGGUCUAAUGGAGUCAAUGAAGCAGCCUUUUAGUCAAAGUGAAGUAAAGUGUCUGAUGCUCCAGCUAUUGGAGGGUGUUAAAUAUCUUCAUGACAACUGGGUGCUGCACCGGGAUUUAAAAACAUCUAAUCUUCUUUUGAAUAAUCGGGGUGAAUUGAAGAUUUGUGAUUUUGGGUUGGCUCGCCAAUAUGGAAGCCCAUUGAAGCCAUAUACUCAUUUGGUUGUUACUCUUUGGUACAGGGCACCUGAACUACUUUUGGGUGCAAAACAGUAUUCAACUGCAAUUGACAUGUGGUCCCUAGGCUGUAUCAUGGCUGAAUUAUUAUCAAAGGAACCACUUUUCAAUGGAAAAACUGAAUUUGACCAACUUGACAAGAUUUUUAGAAUCCUUGGCACACCAAACGAGACAAUUUGGCCAGGGUUUUCAAAGCUGCCUGGAGUUAAAGUCAACUUUGUCAAGCAUCAGCUUCCAGCUUUGGGUGAUUCCGCUCUGGCUCUGUGGCCUUCAUUGGUGUAUAAUCUUUUACGCAAGAAAUUCCCUGCAACAUCUUUCACUGGGUCACCAGUUCUCUCUGAUGCUGGCUUUGAUUUGUUGAAUAAACUUCUCACUUAUGAUCCGGAGAAGCGGAUAACAGUUGAAGCUGCUCUUAACCAUGAAUGGUUUCGUGAAGUUCCGCUUCCCAAGUCUAAAGAUUUCAUGCCUACCUUCCCUGCCCAACAUGCACAAGACAGGCGUUUGAGAAGAAUUUUGAAGAGUCCAGAUCCCUUGGAAGAACAACGUAGAAAGGAGUUGCAGCAAGCAGAAAUAGGAACUGGUGGCUUGUUUGGCUGAAAGAAGUUUUACUGAGCAGUGACACCUGGGCAAGAUUUCCAAUGUAUUGACAGAUGACCAUGGUUGAGGUGAGAGAUUGCAUUCAACAGAUGUAGCAAAUGGUUUUUGUCAGAAAAUCAUUCAUGCUGUUUUUUAGCAGGCGCCAACUGUAAUGUGGGUGGAGUUAUAAUUUGCCUCCCAUUGAACAAGAUAUUUGCAGGUUAAUUUCUCCAGCUUUGGUCAUCAUAUAGAAUUGCCCCCUGGACAAUGCUUGCGGUGCAAGGUGUGGCAUAACAGCCUUUUCCUUUUUAAAAAAGUCAGUUUCAGCAGAAACUCAUGUAAAAUAUUUUUCUUGGAACAUUGUAAACUUUCUCAUUAUAUUUGAUUUUGAAUUUUAUAACAAUAUGGAUUUAGUUGCCCAUUUCUGUUCUAUAUUUUUUAAUAUUCACAUUGUGCUUGCAAGAGGAGGUUGGUGUGAAGUGAAGGGGAGGUUCUUAUCUUUUCACUGACGAAGAAACUGACAGUAACCUUUGUUCUUCAGAGUGGUAUUGGAAGAUUCAAGCUGUAAUUAGCUCUAGAUUCUUUUGCGACAUUGUCUGCAAAUGUUGCUGCAGUCUCAAAGCAAGCAGGUUGAGGAGGUCACCUGCCUAUGGGAUUUUAUUGAACUGCCAAUUAGUUGUUCCCUCAGGCCUUGCUAGAGGUACUUACAAAUCUUGGCUUGUUGCAAUAUUUUAGAUUGAUACAAUUGAUUCUUUCACACUAAACUGUCUAAGUUGGUCCGCAUUCUUGAGUAUGGUAGGCUAGCAGUUUUCCAUUAUUACUGUUAUAGACAUACUCAAUGUGAAUUUAUGGUGGAUAGAACUCUUAGUUGAAAUAAAAAGGAAAAAAAUGU